AUGACAAAUUUCGAAACAAUCAAACAAACAUUUAUGUCUAAAAUUAAUGAACCAAAUUCACAACGUCGUAUGGUUUUAUUUGUUGUUUGUAUAGCUCUAUUAUUAGACAAUAUGUUAUACAUGGUUAUAGUACCAAUCAUUCCGGAUUAUUUACAAAAUCUACGUGCAAUGGAUACAAAACAAAUUUAUUGGAUUAAUGCUACACAUACUAAAAGAUUAAAAGAUGAAAACUUUAUUUUUAAUAAAACUAAUGGUGAUUAUAAAAUAAAAUGGCUUAUUCAUCAAUCUGAAACUAAAAUUGGUACAUUAUUUGCAUUUAAAGCUAUAAUACAAUUAUUAUGUAAUCCUAUAUCAGGAACUGUAAUUGAUCGAAUUGGUUAUGAUGUACCAAUGAUGUUUGGUUUAUGUAUAAUAUUUUUGUCAACUUCUGUAUUUGCAUUUGGUAGUUCAUAUGGAUUAAUGUUUAUUGCUAGAGGAUUACAAGGUAUGGGUUCAGCUUUUGCUGAUACUGCCGGUUUAGCAAUGAUAGCUGAUCGAUAUACAAAUGAAUAUGAACGUACAAAAGCAUUGGGAAUAGCUUUAGCAUUUAUAUCAUUUGGUUCAUUAGUAGCACCUCCAUUUGGUGGAAUAGUUUAUCAAUAUUUUGGCAAAGAAUUACCAUUUAUUACACUUGCAUUUAUAGCAUUAUUUGAUGGUUGCUUAUUAUUGAUUAUUAUGCAACCAGUUAGAAUUGAACGAACAGUUUUAAAAACUCAAGGUAAUCUACCUAAAGGAACUCCAAUACAUCGUUUAUUAAUGGAUCCUUAUAUUGCUAUAUGUGCUGGAUGUCUCACUGUAGCUAAUGUAUCACUUGCAUUUUUAGAACCGACAAUAUCAAACUGGAUGUCAAAAAGUAUGAAAGCAACAAAUGCACAAGAAGGUUUAGUAUGGUUACCAGCAUUUUUACCACAUUUAGCUGGAGUUAUAACAACAAUUAAGUUAGCUGAUAAAUAUCCAAGUAAACAAUGGUUAAUGGCUGCAGUUGGUUUAGCUAUUGAAGGAGGAAGUUGUUUCUUGAUACCAUUCUGUACUAAUUUUAUUGCAUUAAUGAUUCCUAUUAGUAUUUUGUGUUAUGGUAUUGCAUUAGUUGAUACAGCAAUAUUGCCUACAAUGGGUUUUCUUGUAGAUACACGUCAUGUUUCAGUAUAUGGUUCAGUGUAUGCAAUCGCUGAUAUUUCAUAUAGUUUAGCUUAUGCCUUGGGACCAAUUGUUGCUGGUGGACUUGUGGAUACAAUUAAAUUUGUUGGACUUAAUAUUGUUAUGACAUUAAUCACUUUAGGAUAUGUACCAGUCAUGUACUUAUUACGUCAUUGUUAUAAUGUUGAAAGACCACAGAAUAGAGAAUUACCACCUUUAAAAACUGAUUCAAUUGAUCAUUCAUUUGAUCAAGAUGACUAUGCUUCAGUUAAAAGUUAUCCAGGUUAUGAACAAAAUUCAACGAUAAAGGGUGAAUCCAAUCAUCAUCACCGACAACAAUUUCAUCAUCCUAUUGACCCUACUAAUCAAUAUAAUUAUCAGUCAGCAUCAACGUAUGAACAAGAUGGUAAACUAUUAACUCAACGAACAGAUUAUGCUUAUUGA